AUGACCGAGGAAGUUCUCAGCAAGGGCUGUGGGGCGUGGGAGGGAGUUGGGAGGGAGGAGAAGGAUGUGGAGGUGGAGGGCAAGAAAGUGAAAACGUUCGUGGAAGUCAGUGUGGAGAGCCAGGCUGGGCGGCUCUCCGAGUGCUCCGGGCUGUCCUGGGCCCUCAGGAGCCCCUGCAUUGUCCUGAGCAGUGAUCCCCAGAAGCAGGCGCUCAGGGGCCUCCAGGCCUUGCAUAUGGACACCUCCGGCCAGCAGGAAGCAGGGGUGGAAGCCCCGGAUGGCAUCACCUCUGCCCGCUCAACACCCAGAAGAGCCCGGAAAAGAGCAGAGGGUGGAGCCAGCUCCAACGUCUUCUCCAUGUUCGAUCAGUCCCAGAUCCAGGAGUUUAAAGAGGCUUUCACCAUCAUGGACCAGAACCGGGAUGGCUUCAUCGACAAGGAGGAUCUGAGGGACACCUUUGCUGCCCUGGGCCGCAUCAAUGUAAAGAACGAGGAGCUGGAGGCCAUGGUGAAGGAGGCCCCUGCGCCCAUCAACUUCACCGUCUUCCUGACCAUGUUUGGGGAGAAGCUGAAAGGUACGGACCCAGAGGAGACCAUUCUCCACGCCUUCAAGGUUUUCGACACUGAAGGGAAAGGUUUUGUCAAGGCUGAUUUCAUCAAAGAGAAGCUCAUGACGCAGGCAGACCGCUUCAGUGAGGAGGAGAUCAAGCAGAUGUUUGCUGCUUUCCCGCCAGAUGUGUGUGGCAAUCUGGACUAUAGGAACCUGUGUUACGUCAUCACGCAUGGCGAAGAGAAGGACUAAAAGGGGACCACCGACGCCCACCCCCACUCCAUACACACAUUCAGAGGCAG